UUUUGCCCGAAUCUUCAACGUUCGCCAGCGGGAGGCAGAGCAAGAUGCAUUUCCAGAUUUCCCAAGCACCAGCAACAUGGACGUCGCCGAGCAACUCGCGCAGGAACGUGUCAAGAACAUGCGCCUCCAGGAAGAGGUCGACCGCCUCCGCAAAGCCGUCGUCAACGUCACGCUUCUUGCCGAGAAGGAGGAGGAGUGGAUGAUCAACCAGUUUCUCCGCCGAGUCCAACCCCAAGCCGUCCACGACACCAAGCAAGCCAAAGAGCUUGAGGCUGAGAUGCAGCGGCUGCGCCAUGAAAAGGUCGUACUCGGCCAGCGCUACGAGCAGGAGCAAGAGUCCAUCGUCAACCGUCUUAGCCGCCAGCUCCAAGCCAAGGAAGCGACCAUCAACGCACUUCUUAGCGACGACUCCAACCGCUGGCAAGACCGCCCGCGUGAUUCGACCGGUCAGCUGCAGCAGAUUCUCGUCUCCGUCCUCAAGGAGAAGCGGGCGCUCGAGAAACAACUUGCGGACGUGCUGAGUCGCCGGACGCUCGACGCCUCUCGUGCGCCUCCGCUCGACGAUGCGCAAUUGAGCUCGCUGCGCCAACUCCUGUCACAGAACCAACAAGCGUCGACUGCAAUGCUCGACCAGCUGAGUCGCAUGGACCAACAAGACGUGCCUAGCUUGAAGCGGCUGCGCCAGUCGCCACUCCAUGGACCUCUGCGCUCGUGGUCACUGAGCUCCCCGUCACCGACCAGUGCAUGCUAGUCUUGGCGCCCACGCACUCAUGUGUUUAUAUAUACCUCUUCUCUGCGUC